AAAUGUGAAGUUUCUGUCUGUCAAUGAGAGCAGCGUCUUCAGUUGAUGAAGGCGUUAUGCUGCUGAGGGGCGGGGAGGGGUGCAGACUGAGUUUAGCGGCGAAUGGAGCUGCUCCGGAUUAAUUCUGUCUCUCCCUUUUGCACACUCCGCUCCCAGCGGAGGUUGAGGAGAGGAUUCUCUCAAGCUCCUCUUUGUUACUAACGGCUGUCUGAUUGCAGAGCGGAGAGGGGAAAGCGUUUUGAGUCUUUUUUUUUGUUUUGGAAAAGCAGGAGUGUAAAGCUGGAGAACUCUUGUUCGGUGUGUCGACUGUUCCGAGGGCUCGCUCGUCCUCAUUACCUGCUUUGGAAAGGAGAUACCUACCUCUGGUGCUCAGAUUGCGGAGAGAGAGAGAGGAAAUUUAAAACAAAAACUCAGCGGCGUUUCUGAAGCGAGAAGAGAAAGCUUUCAAUCCGGAGGUGAAAACACGCAGAGAUCGACCCAAUUUCACCGCCACUUACAACCGAGGACUUUUUCUUUUCAGCUUCAACUGGUGAAAUUUCAGCACUUUGGAAUUCUGAAACCAGCAAAAUGACACACCAGCGAGCCAGGCAUGUUCCAGGGAUGAGCUCUGUUUGAGACACUUCUGCUAAUUGAACAUGGAAGGGGGGAAUCACCAGCUGGAUUGUCUGUGUGUGUCUCUCUCUCUCUCUCUUUCUCUCUAAAAGCACCAAACUUGGUUCCUGUGGAGCUGUCCAUCUUUUCAUGCGUCUGUGGAGUAACAUGUAAGCUGAAAAAAAAUUGCACCUUUCCAAUUGUUCCCAGCCCUUGUCUCAGAAAUAAAACUCAAGGCGAGAUAUGAAGACCAGGUGCAAUAAGGACUGACUGGCCUGAUGCUGCAAAGUGAGGCUGGGUUUUGAGAAAGAACACGGGAGAGAUUAAUGCUUGCUCGGUUUCUGUGACGGGAAGUGUUGAAGGGGGGGGGGGGGAGUUGCGGUAAAACAAGGGGCUGCGAAUAUUUUCCCCAGAACGCUAAUUAUUGACGGCUUCCUUGGUGUUUGGGCUGCGAGAUUUGCACUGUAGAGCUGUUCGACAGAAUCCCACUUCUGUCGUCCCUUUUAAAAACGACUUGAGCUUGGCUCACGAGUGAAUGAAAAUAGAGGCGAAAAGGCACUUUUACUUAAUAGUGCAUAAAGAGGAGCGUGUGAAAGAAGACCAUUCUCUGCCAACACGUUCUGAUGGUCAGCAGACCCUAGGAAGCCAUUGUGUUUGCGUGGUGCCUUUUCCUGGUUUAAGUUUGAAAGGGGUAGCGGCAGAUUGCUGUCGGCCUGGCAGCCCUUUCAAAUGCAGUGUGGACCUGUUGGCCAGUUGUCAUUGCUGUAAUAGAACUGACGUCUCCACAACAUGUGCCGCUUGAAGACUGGGGAUUGUUUACUUUUCACUGGUGGUGUGCCUCCAGAAGGGAAUUGAGUUCAUAUCAGUGGCUGGGUUAAUGUAACAUGGAGCAUUUAUCUCUGGGAUUGUGCUAACUGAAGAGAGGCAGAAGAUGUUCGACCAGCUUUGGCCUGUUCAUUACAAUCUUAAAUGCCAUGCCAGUGAACCAGGAGCAGGUUGGAUGAAAGUGCUGAUUUGAGAAGCUGUGUUUCUUGCCUUGAGACCUGGGAACCUGGAAUCGUCUUCAUCUUGGGUUGCCAGGACAACGGCGUGUAGCAUGACUGGGGGCCGCUUUCCCCCAGGACCUGCACACCAGGGCAGGCUGUACCAACACAAAGUCUCCCUGGUCGUCCGCUACUUCAUGAUUCCCUGCAACAUCUGUCUGAUUCUGCUGGCUACCUCGACCCUGGGAUUCGCUGUCCUACUCUUCCUCAACAAUUAUAGACCUGUGAUUAAGUUCACUCCUGCCCCUGCAACAUCACAGGAUGUGUGUCGAGGUGUCCUCUGUGGGUUUGGAGCUGUCUGUGAGAGAGAUCCCAAAGAUCUAACUAAGGGAAUAUGCGUCUGCAAGAAAAGUGUCUGCCCGUCUGUCAUCGCCCCAGUUUGUGGGUCCGAUUAUUCCACGUACAGUAACGAGUGUGAAUUGGAUAUGGCCCAGUGCACACAGCAGCGAAGGAUCAAGGUUAUUAGCAAAGGACUCUGUGGCUCAAAGGACCCAUGCAGCGAGGUGACCUGUGGAUUCGGCAGCACCUGCAUCCAGUCGUCUGAUGGCCAGUCAGCCAAGUGUGUCUGCCCCAGCACGUGCAGUGGAGACCAGGAGAGUGUGGUGUGCGGCAGCGAUGGCAAGGAUUACAGAAACGAGUGCGAGCUCAAUAAACAUGCCUGCGACAACCACAAGAAUGUUUACAAGAAGUUUGAUGGGCCCUGCGACCCAUGCAGAGAUGCACAGAAUGACCUGAAUAAGGUAUGCCAAGUACAUCCAAGAACUCUCAAACCUGAAGUGCUCCUGCGCCCGGAAAGCUGCCCAUCGGACUAUGAGACAGUGUGCGCGGAUGAUGGGCAGACCUAUGAAAGCAAGUGUGCCAUGGAAAGAAUGGGAGCUAUCAAAGGCAUUAACCUGCAGAAGGUUCACUCGGGACACUGUCAGGAUAGAGACAAGUGCCAAGAAGAGUGUCAGUUCAAUGCAGUGUGCCUCAACCGAAGGGGCAUUACUCGUUGCUCCUGUGAGCGCAUCAUUUGUGACGGAGCUUACAGACCUGUCUGCGGAGAGGACAAUCAAAGCUACAGCAAUGACUGUGAGCGUAAGCAAGCCGAGUGUCGGCAGAAAACCAGCAUCCCAGUCAAAUAUAAGGGUCCUUGCGACCUUAACACUCAAAGCCCCUGCCUGAGUGUUGAAUGUGAUUUUGGGGCCAAGUGCAUUGUGAAGAAUAAUAAAGCUGUGUGUGAGUGUCAGCAGAGCUGCCAGAAUGUGUACGCACCAGUCUGUGGGAAUGAUGAACAUAUAUAUGGCAAUCAGUGUGAGUUGGAGGCCAUGGCUUGUAUUCUGAAAAAGCGCAUCACCAUUAAACACAAGGGUCCCUGUGAUCGCUGUGGAAACUGCCAGUUUGGUGCCAUUUGCGAGGCAGAAACAGGAAAGUGCCUUUGCCCCACAGAAUGUGUAAGCUCCGAGCAGCUGGUGUGUGGCACAGACGGCAACACGUACAAUAAUGAAUGUGAGCUACACGUUCAGUCCUGCAUCAAACAAAGGGACAUACAAGUUGCAGCCCAGGGAGAGUGCAAGCAGUGUGGCGGCGCCAUCUGUUUGUUUGGAGCAAAGUGCGUCAGUGGCCAAUGUGCCUGUCCUCGGUGUGAAAACCAACCCAUUUCCUCAGUCUGUGGGAGCGAUGGUGUCACGUACAUGCACCUGUGUGAUCUACAAUCUGCCUCCUGCCAGCAGAAAAAGAUAAUUGAGGUUGUAGAAGAGGGUCCUUGUGAUGAUGAAUGCGGCUCUGGAGGGUCAGGAUCAGGUGAGGACAAUGAAUGUGAGCAGGAACGGUGCCGGAAAUAUGGAGGAACGUGGGAUGAGGAUGCGGAAGACGACCGCUGUGUUUGUGAAUUCCUCUGUCGCAAUGUCCCUCGGAAUCCUGUCUGUGGGUCUGAUGGGGUAACCUAUGACAAUGAGUGUGCACUGAGAAUGACGCGCUGUACCAUGCAGAAGGACCUUCAUGUCAUCAUGCCUAACGCCUGUGAGGUUGCAAUUCCACCAUCUGCCCCACAGCAACACUGCAGCAAAUCUGUUUAUGGCUGUUGUCUGGAUAAUGUAACUGCUGCCCAAGGAGUUGGCCUCGCGGGUUGUCCGAGCACCUGUCGGUGUAAUAAGUAUGGGUCUUACAGUGGAACAUGUAGCCCCAGCACUGGGCAGUGUUCCUGCAAGCCUGGAGUGGGUGGUCUCAAGUGUGACCGUUGUGAACCAGGCUUCUGGAAUUUCCGUGGUAUCGUCAUAGACGAGAAAAGCGGCUGUACUCCUUGUAACUGCGAUGCUGUUGGGGCUAUUCGGGAUGACUGUGAGCAGAUGACUGGCCUAUGCUCUUGUAAAGCUGGCAUCACUGGAAUGAAAUGCAACCAGUGCCCAGAUGGAAGUAACUUGGGCCAAAAUGGCUGUGAUGAAGACCCAUCUGUAUCCAAAUCAUGUGCUGAUCUUCUGUGUCAAUAUGGAGCAACUUGCAUGGAGAGUAAUGGGCGCGCUUAUUGCGAAUGCCCCCCUCCUGUAUGUCCAGAAAGUAAAAACUCUAAGGUCUGUGGCUCUGAUGGCAUAACCUACGCAAAUGAAUGUCAGCUCAAAUCUAUUGGAUGUCGCCAAGCCACCGUGAUCACAGUCACACACCAAGGGCCUUGUCGAGGAACUCCACCGAGACCAACCAUUCCUUCUACCACACACUCUCCUCAGACAACCAAAUGGUCGAAAAUGACCCCAUCAACAGUCAUAUCUUCAACAAGGGAAGACACCAUAUUGACCGUGCGGGUUGAAAAGGACUCUCGAAUGUUUGAAGCAAAGCUCACUCCUAGAUCCACAGCAUGGCCUGCACAUACCACAAGAUCAUAUGUCAGAUCAAAGUCAUCCACGAUAACCAGACGUCCUGUUGUCACUGCCCACCUAACCACUGUCCGGCCUACAACAUCCAUCAUUCCAUCUGAACCCCCUGAUCAGUCAGGCAGUGGUGAUUUCAGUGGGGAUACAGAUCUUGAAGCAAGUGGUGAUCUAGAAGCUAGUGGAGUAGACCCUUCGGAUUCCAAUGAGACCAUAGCUGAACCAACACCCAUCCCAAUUGAAAGAUCAUCGUGUGAUAACACAGAGUUCGGCUGCUGCCCUGAUGGAAAAACACCGUCUGUGGAUGGUGAAGGAACCAACUGUCCCCCGACUAAGAUAUUCCAAGGAGUUCUCGUUUUGGAAGAGGUUGAGGGUCAAGAACUCUUUUACACACCGGAGAUGGACGAUCCCAAGUCAGAACUGUUUGGCGAAACAGCUCGAAGUAUUGAAAGUGCUCUGGAAGAACUCCUGCGGAACUCAAAUGUGAAGAAGGAUUUUAAGAGUGUCCGAGUCCGCGGUCUGGGAGCAAGCAAAUCUGUGCGCACCAUUGUUGAUGUCCAUUUUGACCCACGGACAACUUACACUUCCCGAGAUGUACAAAGGGCGUUGCUUCAACAAGUAAGGCUCUCGAAGAAGAAAUCUAUCAUUGUAAAGAAACCAGAACAGGAGAACAUCAAAAUCGUGGAAUUUGAUCUGGCACCACAGCUGUUUACAACCACCAGCACAACCACAGCAGCCACAACAGCCCCAGUAACCACUGCAUCCACGCUGGUCACCCUGCCACUGGCAAUCACCAGGCGGCCCCACGUUACCACCAGGCGGCCCAAGUCCCACCAACUGGUCAAGGGGCUUCCCACCUCUCCGACAACCACGAUGGAGGCAGCCACCCCCAGGCGGCCCCUUCACGCCAAGGAGACUCCUGCCGAACUGCCAGACGUCUACGUUCCAAAACCUUGUGAUUUACACCCUUGUCUCCACGGAGGCACUUGUGAAGAUGAUGGGAAGGAUUACACAUGCAGCUGCCCAGCUGGAAGGGGAGGAGCUGUUUGUGAGCAAACAAUCAUAUACCACAUACCUGAGUUUGGUGGCAAGUCGUACUUAGCAUUUAAGACAAUGAAGGCUUACUACACAGUACGUAUCAAUCUUGAGUUCCGAGCCUCUGACCUGGAUGGCUUACUGCUGUACAAUGGUCAGAAGAAAGGCAAAGACUUCAUCUCUCUCGCCCUUGUGAGGGGCCACGUGGAGCUCAGGUUCAACACUGGCUCUGGAACAGGUAUCAUCAUCAGUAAAACACUGAUAGAGCCUGGGAAAUGGCACCAAGUCGUUGUGAACCGUAACCGACGCAAUGGAAUGCUAUCGGUCGAUGGUGAACCACAUGUGCUUGGGCAAAGUCCUGAUGGAACUGAUGGACUAAACCUGGAUACUGACCUGUUCCUGGGAGGGGCUCCAGAGGAUGAAAUGGCACUCGUAACAGAGAGAACAGCAGCAAGCAAGGGACUCAAGGGCUGCAUCCGAUUGCUGGACGUCAAUAACCUGGUCUAUGACCUUGAGGAAACAGGCAGUGAUGUCCUGUAUGGCAGUGGCGUUGGUGAAUGUGGAAAUAACCCCUGUCAAAACAACCCCUGUAAGAAUAAUGGCAAGUGCCACGUGAAGGAAGCAGAGAUGUUCCACUGUGAGUGUGACAGUGGGUUUUCAGGAGCAACAUGUGCCGAUGAGCACAACCCUUGUGAUCCCAACCCCUGCCACCCAUUAGCGAAAUGUUUGGUGCUACCUGAAGGUGGAGCAAAGUGUGAAUGCCCAAUGGGCCGUGAGGGAGAGUUCUGCGAAAGAGAAACUGAGCAGAACCAGGCCACUGCUUUCAUUCCAGAGUUUAACGGCCUUUCCUACCUCGAAAUGAAUGGAAUCCACACAUUUGUCAGCGAAUUGCUUCAGAAGCUGUCAAUGGAAGUAAUCUUCUUGGCCACUGAUCGCAAUGGAAUGAUCUUUUACAACGGGCAGAAGACCGAUGGCCGUGGGGACUUUGUUUCCCUAAACCUGCGUGAUGGUUACUUAGAGUUUAAAUAUGACCUCGGAAAAGGACCAGCAGUUAUUAGGAGUAAGCAGCGCAUCCCACUGAAUGUGUGGAAUGUGGUUACUGUUGAAAGAAAUGGGCGGAAAGGAUUAAUGAUCAUUAAUAAUGGUGAACCCAUCAAUGGUGAAUCCCCGAAAUCGCGCAAGACGCCGCACACAGCACUGAACCUCAAGGAAGCUUUGUAUGUAGGUGGAGCACCGGAUCUCAAUAAGUUUGCCCGUGCAGCUGCAAUCACAUCUGGAUUUAAAGGAGCAAUUCAGAAACUUUCAAUAAAAUCUAUUCCGCUGCUUAAGAAAGAAAACAUUAGAAAGGCAAUGGAGAUCUCCAAUUACCGCUCUCAUCCCUGCACAGCCAGGCGUAGUCCAUGCCGCAAUGGUGGAAUCUGUAGUCCAAAACUCGGGGAAUAUGAUUGUAUGUGCCAGCGUGGUUUUUCAGGACCACAGUGUGAAAAAGCACUUGAAGAGAAGUCCGCAGGUGAAAGCGAAUCUGUGGCUUUUAAUGGACGGACAUUCAUAGAAUAUCACAAUUCAGUAACAAGAAGCCAUCUUGCAAACGAGAUCCCAGAUCCUGAAUUCAUGGACUACCCUUCAGAUCAAAGUGAAAAAGCGAUACAAAUUAAUUACUUUGAACUGAGCAUCAAAACAGAAGCAACACAAGGACUGAUUCUGUGGAGUGGGAAAAUUGCGGAGAGAUCUGAUUACAUUGCACUGGCUGUAGUUGAUGGAUAUGUGCAGAUGACCUAUGACUUGGGAUCUAAGCCAGUCACACUCCGAUCUACAAUUCCAGUCAACACAAAUCAGUGGGUUAGGAUUAAAGCUAACAGGAUACACAGACAUGGGACGCUCCAGGUGGGAAAUGAAGCCCCUGUCACUGGGUUAUCUCCUUUCGGUGCCACACAGUUGGAUACCGAUGGUGCACUCUGGCUUGGAGGAAUUGAGAAACUAGCACUUGGAAGUAGAUUGCCAAAGGCCUACAGCACUGGUUUCAUAGGCUGCAUAAAGGAUGUAAUCAUCGAUCGUCAGGAACUUCAACUAGUAGAAGACGCCUUGAACAAUCCCACAAUAUUACACUGUCCAGCCAAAUAAUGAACAGGCCAUGCCUAUUGCUGUAAUUAUUUUCUAUUUUUGUAUACUUUUAUUGCUUUUUAUAUUGAAAAUGUUUUGUUGCAGUAUAUCAAGCUGAUCUCACAAGCGAACCAAACGAUCAAAACGUCCUAGGCUACAACUACACUGUACACAGUUAAUUCGGUCAUACUUGAACCUGUGAAAUUUGGUGCUGGUGGUACCUACUGCCUUCUUUGAAUCAUUCUGCUUCACAAUCUAAGAACUUGUGGUUAGGCUCUUCUUAUUUAAGGCAACUGGAAGAGUUAAGUGUUGCAGUGUUUGCUAUUUGCAACCUGAGUCUGGCUAAUGUAUUUACUCAGAUUUGACCCUUUACAUCAAAUUGUGAGAACGCAACAAGGAUCUACUCUCUUUGUUCUCUGCUUUUAAAAAUUUGUGCUGUUUAUAUUUAAUUAUGGACUUCUUCAAGGAUUAAAGUAUAUUGCAAGACUGAACUAGCCAACACAUGUUGUUUUGGGAAAAUGCUAUAUCCCACUUAUAGAAGAUAUGAAUUAUCAGACAAAAUCAUGUACAGCUAGAUGCAAAGAGAUAUCUUUGCAUGUCUCUUUUUUUAAAAAUAAAUCCACUUUCAAUAUUCCCAUGUCAAGGCAGCACACUUUCAAAUUGUUCUGGACUUUUUUGGAUGAUCAUUAAUCAUUUUAAGUUUUAAAAACCUGUACUUCAGCACACAAUCUCACAAAUGCAGUUGCUUUUCGAUCAUCAAAAUUAAGACAUUUUGGUUUGCAGUCAAAAGGAAACAAAUAUGUGCUUUUGAUUAUUUUGUAGUUUCUGAAAGAAAACAAAACAUCAUUUAGAUAAACCUACUAAUUCAAUAUUUCUCAACAAUUAAAUGUUUUCAUUUUUUGGAGGAGCUUGCUCCUUUCUCUCCAUCAAGAGAAAAGCUUUUCUCUCCAAACAUGCAGUGUUUAUUCACUCUGCAUAAGAGAUAACCCAUGGUUCUGUGCUGAGAUCCUGCAGUCUGAAGGAAUUUUUGUGGCAUUCCGUUAACCAGCACUUGAAACUCAAUAUGGAAUCAAGCUGAUAUAAUUUCCUGAAUUAGGUUUUCCAUUUGUCUAUAUUUUUGUAUGUAAAGACUCAAACUGUGUAGGUGUUACACUUUACCACAUGCAGAAAUAAUCUCCUGCUUCUGUUGCCCACUGUGUAUAGUGUAUGUACUAUGGACCAAUAUGUAACGAAUACCUUUCACUUAAUACUUGUGAGAUUGCAUGUGGCCUGCUGGUGGUCCAUUUUUUCUAAUGGUCUUGGACUGGGAAAAAUAUGCCAACAUUUUAAAUUUAAUGGAGAAAGACUGAUGUCCAGUUGGAGAUCACAUUUAAAAUAAAAAGAACCCAAGAGCUUUGUACUACAUGUGGCAUGCUACUGAACGGUCCCAUAAUAUAAUUUUCUCCUUAGCUGCUGCUUGCUGUAAUGUGCUCCAUCUGCAGACGUGACCAAUGGAAAGUACAUGGGCACAGGUGGGAAGUUUACUACUGUAAAUCUGUGCCGGGUAGCUAAAUUAAAAUUACAAUGGGCUGUUGGAAAAGGUUUGUGGAAAAUGAGCUUUGCUUUCAUGAACUAUGAAAUAUGCCAAGGAUUUUGCAAGUGGCAUGAGUGGCCAUAAAUGUGUCUGGACUGCUGUAAGAUUUGGUCUCUGCAAUGUGCAUUGAUUCAGAUUGUGAUAUUUUGUCAUCGGCAUUAUUCAGUGGUGUCAAUUUUUAUUUCUGGCCCUAUCACAUGACUUUUUUAAAAAAAAUCUGUAGAAGGGUUUUUUUUUAAUUCAGCCUUAACAACUAAUGUGUAUUCACAGAAUUUCUUUAUAUUCUAUAACAUUCAAAUGCAUAUCAUUGUAUAAUCCUGUGAGGGGAUAGCCGAAAAGAACACAAUUAGGAAUAGAAAGGGGCACUGUAUCAUCGGAAAUUGGAAUGUGACAACCACCAAAAUAAAAUCAUUGCAAGGUGGAAGAACAGAGGUGACUGUAAAGGAGAGAAUGAGGAAUGCCUUUCUGACAUUUACAAGGGCAGUGCUGCUGUUAGUGUGCUGUUUUAUAAUUCUGUGAAAGGCAACUAGAUCACAUGCAAAGAAAAUGAGUCCUCACUGUCACUGUGUGAUAUUGUCAUCUUUUAGGCCAGUAUUUAGAGUUUGUAGAUGUCAAGGUUUUGGUCAUUUUUAAUGUCACAAUUUUUUUUAAUGUAAUCUCUGUCCCUUUGCAACGACUGGUGAGGAAUGCAGUCUGUUGUCUGAUGUCCUUAUAAUGCUUACCUCAUUGUUGUUGCCCACUGCAGGUGAGCAGAGAACUUUGGAAUGCUGGUCACUGGGUUUGAGGAGGUCAGUUAAAUGAGCUUGUGUGUGUCUUUUUUCAACAAGGGAAUCGGAGAAAUAGAGCAUGAGCAGAAACAUUCCAAAAUGCUGUGUCUCGACUUCAGAAAUGUUUGUGAGAAAGGGGGGCUUUAGAAAUGCCUUAAAUGCCAAGUUCACCAAUCUCCUGGUGAGCCUCACCACGCACACCUUGUGUUGUGCACUUAUUUUUAUUUGAUGUUUUACUGCUGGUGUUUUAACUCUAGUGUAAAAAUAUUCAAGCCCUUUUUUUUAAGAAAAAAGAAAUGCUGGUUUUAUUUAUGUGUUUCCAUACAGUGUUUUUUCAGGUACAUGACCAUUGUAAACUGCUGUAAUUAAUCUGUAAGGACAGUGCACAGUAUAUGAUCAGCAUGAUGUAACCAUUACUAACUUUAUUACUCGUGUCUUUUGUCCAAUCAUCAUGAAAUAAAGUGUAAAACUUCCAAAUAA